GAUCACAUUUGUGUUUAGAAUGUGUCAGGAAUCAGCGUAGAUUUUCAGGGCCUUUGUGAGAAUGAGUAGAGCCAACAUUCGCUCUUGCCUCAGUUUUUUAUAGAUGAGCGAGUUUGUCAUGAUGUCGAACAAAGCUAUGAUUCAGAAUGAUCAUGAACAAGAGGGGGAAUAUGGUGGUGUUGUUAACCUUUCAAAUCAUGAUUUGAAGACAAUUGGGCAUCUUCCAAAAGGGGUCUCCCCUUACACUCUCCUUCUAAGUAACAAUGCAAUAUCGAAGGUGGAAAAUUUACAUUAUUUCAUCCAUUUGCAACAGUUAUCUUUGGCUAAUAACCACAUUGUUGACAUUAGAGGGGUCAGUGCAGCAACUGAUUUGAGAGUGCUUGACCUUAGUAACAACAGGAUUGUCUCAAUUGAAGACCUUACUGCUGCAUGGAAAUCUGAUAUCUUCCCUUGCAGUUAUUAAAGAACAAAUAUCAUGCACAGUCUGCACGCUCUCCCUGGCUGAUAAUGACAUAUCAGACCUGAAUGAGAUGUUACACUUGUCAUGCCUGAUCAAUUUGGAGCAGUUGUCUCUGCUGAAUAACCCGUGCAUCUUGACUAAUGGAACCUGGAGACUAGAAGUGAACUACAGGCCUUAUCUGGUGUAUUGCUGUAGAAACCUCAGGAAUCUGGAUGGACAUCUAGUGCACAAUGAUGAAAGAAUACUUGCAAGACUGCUGGAUCAGGCAUUCAGUCGCAUUGGCCAUCCUUGUCAAGGAGAGCAUGUUGAACUUGUCUCCAUUUUACAUCAUAUUUUCUCAGGAUCCCAGAAGGAUCCCCAGGCAGCAGAAGCACAAGCAAGGGAAGACAUGGACAACAACACCUUAUUGGAAUCAGAAAGCUUCUUCAUUCCAGUUCCUUUGUCUGAUGAAGACCAAACAGAAUCAGAUGAUCCCAUUAUGACUGAAGAAGAAGCUCUCCGACUAUUCAGUUUGGCAGCUACCAUAAUUCAAGCUCACGUGCGAGGUUACCUGGUGAGGAAGAAGUUUGACUUCUGUCAGUACCGACGAAGAAAAUAUGCAGCAGCCUGCAUACAGGCAGCUUGGAAGGGAUAUCGUGCUCGUACAAGAGACAUCAAAAUUGUCAACAUAAGGAAUGAAUUAAGAGUGCAAAGGUUGAUGUCCCUCAUCAAUCAUUUGUACAGUGUAUUAGACAGGGAACAUGAGGAAGCUGUCAAAAGUAGAGAACAGUUUAAGUUAGCUAUUAAGCAUCUGUGGAAUCAGAUUCUGGAACAGACCAAACUGAAUGAGAUACAGCUUCACAGAGAACAAAUGAAAGCAUCCAUCAAAAUUCAGGCGUGGUGGAGAGGAUGUAUGGCCAGAAAGCUUUUUCCCCGCAAGAGGAUGAACCAGGAUCAAGUUACAGUACUCUUUGCAAUUUGUCGCCAGCUACAGACACAGUUGAAUGCUGUCACAUCCCGGAUAAAUGAUCUCACAAAAGGUAAAAUCCAAGACAAAGAAUCGCAGCAGGAAGCUGAACAGACUGAUUCAGAAGGUCAGGAUCAGUUUUACGACACAUUAGGACAACUAGACAUAUCAAAGAAUAGCGUAGAAGCAAAUCUCGCCGAGGAUCCUGCGUUUUCGCCUCCUAUUCAGCAUUCCAAUGCUACCUUAGGCCCUUCCCCUCCACGAUCGUUAGUUGAGGAACGCGACGAAAAAGGAGAGCUGAAAAGUUCCGAUAAAAACAUACUCGUGUCAGCUGAACUGGAAUCCGGAGGCAAAUUUGUGUCCGCAGACACUUCGCUUCUAUUUGAUCCGAAAUUGGGCAAUUUAGCCCCAUUUUUUGGCAAGUUGGACCAUGAGGCUUUCGGAAUAGCUCUAACAGAGUGUGAUCAAGAGGAAUCUGGAAUGAACAUCGAUAAUUCAUCGAAUGGUUUUGAAGAGGAAAGCAGAGUGUCAUCAGCCUUGCCGGGGAUGGAAGAGAAGUCCUCAUCCUUUCCUGAAACGAAACAUUGUGAGAACGAUACGGACGAAGCACUCCGAGGACCUUCAGAUCUUGAAACGGAGAGAGGUGAUGGUGAAGCUGCACGCGAUGAAGGAGAUUUCCUUGGUGAAAGGAGAUCUUCUUCCUCUCUUGACCAGAGUGAACCUCAUUCUGAAAAAGUAACUUCGAAACCUAGCGUUGAAACAGAUCAAGUGAGGGAGAAUACGGCUCCGCGUGUUCGUCACCCGCUUGCAGAUUCUCAAGAAUCUGAUUUAACGGAGAAGGACCUGAAAUGGGAAGCAUCUGAAAGAAAGAGUUUACGAGCCAGCAUACCGGAAAUAAUUGUGAGUAGUCCAGUCCCAACUGAUGAUGAAGGUAGUGACGAAGGCGACACAAGGGAUGUCCAAAGAGAAGUUAAGAGGAAGCAAAAGGAGAGGCAGGGCACAGCUGAAAACCAUCCUUACACAGAUUCAGCUUGGAAGUUUUCAAGCUCUUUCCAAGUGAUGAAUUCAGAUCAGAAACUUUCCGAAUGUGAUACAGGUAAUGAUGAAAUUAGAGACGACACAUCCUUCAAUAAAGAGAGAGAUUUGCUUGAAGAAUUCCAUGAAAAUGGGCUGAAGUCUUUGAGCAGAGUAGAGGGUAGUUUGCCAUUGCUAGUGUCUAAUCGCAGAAAUCCGGAUGGUGAAGGAGAAGAUGUGACCCCUAAAAGCAACUCUGUUUUCCAUGGGAACGUUUCAAACUUGGGUGAAAGAGCCACAAGCUUACUGUCCCAACUCAGAUCAGAAAUCGCCAAUAUGAAGACAGCACGACUGAGCAGCGCCUCUCCCGAUGCCACAGCUACAGGUGUACAAAGCACAUUGCAUUCAAACCUUGAUCCCGAGAAUGUAGAAAAAAGUUCAGAUGAGCUAACAACACAAGAGAGCGACACUGCAAGCAAAAUUUAUGACGUUUCUGAGCCAGAACAUGUACCUGCCGUAACGUAUCGUUUGCCGUUGUUUGAAGACGUCGACAGUACGUGUACAUCUCUUUCUCUCGACGACUUUCUUUCAGACCCCGUUUUUGAAAACGUUGUAAAAGACCCCGUAUCUGACACUGGGUGUGAACCCAAAGGGACAGAUGAAUAACGCUGCGAUGUAACCCGAUCUUUGACUUUUGAUGUCUUAUUCCUAGCAUUCUCCAGUUACCGGAGGAGUUUUUGGAAAGAAGUAUGGUUAUACUAAUUGAACUUCUAGGUGUUCAAAUUGACGAGAUGAAGUUAGAAAUACGAGAAGGCAAGGCUCUCUAAACUCACUUUAAUAUAUCUUUUCCGAACUCCCUCAUUGUCUUCCAUCAUGGUGAACACACGACCAAAGUAAUUUAUGUCUGUCCCUUGAAAAGCUUAACAGGCUUUUUCUGGGUUUUGACAUAGCGAAGUUAUUACAAUAUCAGCCUAUCAGAGGCAUCGAAAGUUCGAGCGCAAAUAAAUUGUAUAUUUUCAUCUUUGAUGCGCUUAAAAUUACAAAUUGAAUUCAAGCCUGAUGAUAACUCUGCAUUAAUUAAUGUUAAAGUCUUUUUUUGGGGACCGGCGAAUUUAAUGCUGGGGGUAACCCUUUGAUUAACUGGCUUCCCAUCCAGGGAGGAAUAGAAAUACUCCUUCGCUUCAUGUUACAGUAACCGGAGUUAAGCGCCGGCCUUAUAGGCCACUUGGCUCAUGAACAGACUUUUCAUCAAACUCGGGAGCGCUUAAUCAGGUGUCACUGUAUCGUUGACAGUGGUGAUGGCAUGAGUGCAAGCAUAUCAUGAAUGCAAACUUAAUCCACCUUUAAGCAUAAGAAAAAAAGUGUUUAAAUCGACCGUAAGAAGCCACGUCUGACUCACUGUCCCUAAUCGAUUAAACGCCACAGCGUCUACAAAAUUACAGAAAUGGUCCUCAUUCAAAGUCGCUUUUUGCCUACCUUCCUUUUUCUUUUAUUUUCCUCUGAGGUAACACUCUCACUAUCCUUGACUUGUUUUACUCGUGGCUGGUUGUUUUCAGUUUUUCUUGGGCUUGUUGGGAGAUAUUCUCUGGAGUUGCCCCAGGAGCAGAGCAGUUGAGGCAAUGAACAACCCUUGGCCCCGCUUUGCAGCUUGUAACAUCUCUAUCUUCCUCUGCAAUUGAAUACUCUAAGCCUACGCACUCGCUUUCCUCGCAAGCUAUACAGGAGUAUUUCGAUAUUCUUUUACAUCUCAUACAAAAAGAAGUUUUAAAAGCUGGUCUCUACAGGGAUGGGUCAACUUUCAACAGUUCGAAAAACUGCGAGAACGUAAAGCGAGAGAGGAUAUGCGCAUGCGCCUUACAUUUAUCAAUUUGUGAUACAAUAUAAUAAUGUAAGCGACGUCAAAACUGCAUUUGCAUAGUCAAAAUUUUGUCCGUUUUGGACGGGUUUCGAUCGAUUUGUUCGUUGCACUUUCGUCGAAUCUAAUCGUCAGUUGGUCCUCAAGUUAAACUUAGGGACUUAAGAGAAUUAAAUUCGGCAAUUGUGCGACGUAUAAACAGGGCCUAACUGUGAUGAAAUUACCCGUGCUUAUUCAUACGAUUACAGCUAAACAAGCAAUUUCCGAUUUUGUGAAUGGAAAAUUUAAUGUGUUACAGGGUGAAGUCAAAAAACCACCCAAUUGUAGUGGGCGGUAUGUCUCAAAGGGGACGUACAUAUUCGACUCGAAGUCGACGUUCUUCGGCAAUUCUGCGGUGAAUUAAUCUUAUACGACCUGUCUACCCCAAAUCAAAUGCGCAAUUCGGGAAUUAUCAAUUACAAAUGGUGACGCAGCCCAAUUGAGUCCUCGAGGCUUGAUUGCCAAUAUCCAUAAUGUCCAGUUCCAAACAUGUGGCAGACAGUUACAAGCAAAUCUCGCUUGUUCAAAGAGGGAAAGGAAAAGAACUGAUCGAUGAAAUAGAGAUACAUCGGGGAGAUGUGAUCUUAGAAUUAGGCUGCGGUACAGGAGAAUUGUCUGCGUAUCUGGCCGAGCUUGUAGGAGAAGAUGGAAGAGUCGUUGCCGUUGAUCCCGACAUUUAUCGACUAGAGGUGGCUCGAGAAUCACACAGCGAAGUGAAAAAUCUCGCAUUUCGCGAAGGCAGCUCGGCAGACUUCGCAGGAAUGGGCUCAGAGACUUACAACCUGGUCUUCUGCAACUUUGUGUUUCAUUGGAUUCAGGAUAAAGAAGAAGCUUUCAAGAAUAUGUUUUGUAGCCUGAAACCAGCGGGAAAAAUUGUGCUGUCUUACGGCGAUCGCUUUCCUUCUUUCUACGAUAAAAUUUAUCGUGAACUUCAAAACUCUGAAAGCAAGGAACGUAUGCUAAACAAACGUUUUUACGAAAGGAAGACAAAGAUUGAAGAGAUGUGUUCGGCCGCGGGAUUUGACAUCGUGAAAAGUGUUGACAUUAAGAUGGAGGAUUUUGAGUUUGAAAAUGUUGAAAGCAUGUGCUCGUUUGUCUGGGCAACUAACCAAGGCAGGUUUGAUCGAGAGCUAGUCACGAAAGACAAGAUAGCAAAUUUUUGUGCUCGUUACACAAGCGGGGAAAAUUCUAAACCGUUUACGGUGUUUACCGAUGAAGGAGAUAAUUACUGUGUAUUGAUCGCAGUUAAACCCCCCCCAGCAAUGACUUGACGACACGAACCUCCCAUAAUCUUUUGUUUCUUCGCCGCGAUGGUGGGUUUACAAAAAUUUCCUCACUAAGAGCGUAUUAAGGUUAUGGCUGACUUACGUAGCUCCUCGCGAAUCUUUUAGACCGAUAGUGAAAUAGCUCAGCUUCUAAGCUAGGAAAGAACAUGUGCCCUGAAGGCCUUAUUAUCAGUGGUAUAUUCAUAAUGAAGGUUUUUUGGUACACAACAAUUUGUAACCUCAAUAUACAACUAUCACAAAG